AGCAACACAGUGCCGUAUCGUAAAAAAAUGAUGCAUGUAAUUUUCUUUUUCUAAACUAACUGUCUCUAUUUUAACAGAAAAAGCAAAGAAAAAAAUAAAAGGGAACAAAGCUGAUCCCAAACGAAAAAGCAGAGAUGGUCUCAGAGGAAGUCCGGAGAAAAAGGAAAGAACAAGAAGAGGAAGCGGUUCUGUUUUAGGACAACUGGGUUUGUCAUCAACACUCCCUAUAGAUGGCACAUUUUUUAACAGCUGGCUAGCUCAGUCAGUUCAGAUCACCACUGAGAACAUGACAAUGAGUGAGUGGGCCUUAAACAAUGGUCACAAAGAGAAUGACACUUCUGGUCUUCUGUCAGAAGAACUGUUACAGGAUGAAGAGACACUGUUAAGCAUCAUGAUGGAUAACUCACUCAAAUCUCCUUUCAAACAGAUGGAGACUGUAAAGAAGGUUAAAAGCAAAACAAGAAUGAAUGGUAGGAAAAAACUACCAAGAAACAGUCCUGAAACUGUUCAUAGGAAUCCGCAGGAUGACUCGGCCCAAUGGAAUAAUGCAAACUAUUUAUCAGAUGAGACUGAAAUACCUCCUGGCUACAACUCCAAAUCAAACAAAACUGGCAAAGGAGCUGCCAAGGUACAAGUGGACCACAAAGGCCCUGUUGAGAAAAAGACAUUGAGAAUGUGCUCUGUGUUGAAGUCUGAUGGUAAAUUCUCAGAUCAGAGUCAAGUAAAUAACAGUGAAAUGACAGUGAGAUGCACACAACCCAAGUCUGAUUCUCUUGGCAAAGUGCCUGAGUCAUUGGGUUCUGCAAAAACCGUCACAAGGUUUAAGUUACCAAAGGGAGGAAAAACAAAUCUGGAGACAAAGUGUGUAGAUCCAGAAAGGGCAAAUGGACUUAGAGUCAAGGGAAUGCCCAAAGAAAACCCCCAUUUAGACAAUGAAACUGAUGGCUACUAUUCAGAUGCUGAAAUGACCAACUCAGAUGAGGAGUCAAGUAAAGCAAGGAUGCAACUUAGCCAGUUUGACCCAUCAAAUGAUGAUAUUGUUCGAAUGAGUAUUUUGGCAUCUUAAUUUUCUAGCUGAAAAUAUACUGGACAGCUCAAUGAUGCCUAAAUCAAGAGAUGACUGCCAUUUUCAACACACCUACUUUUUCCAGAAGAGUCAUGUAUUUGUAAUAUGUCUUGCAUAUAGUCACGUAUAUGUAACACAUAAGCAGGUUCAGUACAGUUGUCUUUCUCUGCUAUUUACACAUUAUGCCUCACAAACACAGGUUGUUCUAUUGUAAAUGUUUCAUGGUAGAUCACAAUGCAUAUGCCCUUUAAUGCAAGCACAUAAAUCAAGGACUUGUGCUUGAUACCCCAAAGAAAACUGUUAAAGGAUGAUGAGAUAACAUUAAAUGGGCAUUAUUUUAUGUAAGGGCAGUGAUGAAAAUACACAUUGAAAUGUCCUCCCUUCAUCAAAAAAGGAAAAAUACAUAGUAAAAUAAGCAAAAGGGGAAAGAAAAGCACAAAAUAAUUGCUUAUUUGAAGAAAGCACUUAUAAGUAGGGAAAGGCAACUCCAGCUGUUUAAAAGUUUAAUCUUUGUUCUUCUCAAACUCAUUCUCUUCCGUUGGGACUUUUUUGUUGGCCAAAAGCAGACAUGUACAUAGCAGAAGCGUGUGGCACUAUGAGCCAAGCAAGGCUCUUCUUAUCAAUACAUCUGCUACGUCUGUAAAUGGAAUGUGCAAACAUCUAUUGGAAAACAUAUAUGGCUAAGCCCAUUAAAAGCUAGUUGGAUUUACUUGCUCAGGUGGAUAAACCAGGCUUCGCCCCUGUGGUUGAGCCAAGAGGGUACAACUUAGGUAAUUGUUUUUGUAACAAGACAUUUUAAACCACCUAUUCAUCAAUAUAAGGGAUAUCCAGUUCCAUCUGCACUCGUGAUUGAGUUACAAUUAAGUUCUAAUGCGUGUUCCAUUCCUUUGUAACAGUGCUAUGAAGAUACUUACAACUGUAAAUGUCAUAUUGUGAGAAUGGGCUGCCUCUAACACUUCCGUUGUUGGUGAUCUAUAUUGUUCAAGUACCAACACGCCUAAAAAUAUGGCCAGCUUGGCAUCAUAAAAGAUGUAUCUCAACUAAAGUGACAACAUUUCAGAUUUCCUGACAUAACAUGUUUGGUUCCACUAAAAAAAGCUUGCAUCCUGUUUUGUCAACGGAGAUGAUAGCAAAAAAUAUUGGUAUUAUCUAUUUAGCGCAGGGGUUCCAAAUGGAAAAUAUGUAUAUAAAUGCACUUUUGUGGAUUAUCCACAGUCUUUUGUUUAAUAAGGAUCAUUACGAUAACCACACAUAGAUAGCAUGGCAUCUAAUGUCAACAGAACAGUAAAAAUAGACAGUUAAACAUUGUGUUGCCAAUCACUGCUUACAUUUACCUGCUUAUGACAAUGCACUGGUACUCUAAGGGAAUUAUGCAAAGAUUUGGUAACUAAUCCAUGUGCUGACUUCGGUGGGACAGAAUAGGUUCCUCCAAAAUUUCCAAUGACACAUUUUUGUCAGAAACUCUCCUAAUAAGGGUGUAUACUGACUUUGAAUUGCACUGUACAUAACCUGUGGCAUCUUGAUUUUUUCCACAAUAAUUACUGUCAACAGCGCUUCCUAGUUACUUCAAGGAACAUAGGAGUUCCUAUUUCGGGUAAAGCUAAGCCCUUCUAUCAGUCUAGGAUACUGGCCAUACACAUAGUGAUUAAGCUACUGAGCCAGACCUGAAACACAGACACAGACACUUUGAUCUUCAAAGCUUUUGGCCAUAUGUAUAUGGCCCAAUCUGUUAGUUCCAGCAGUUACUGUGCUAUGCGUAUCAUAUAUAUUCUAUUGAUGAGGUGGGGGAGUUGUGGUCUCCCCUUAACAGUGGCCAGUUUUUCAUGAAAUUAGGUUAAAAACUAAGUUGUUUGGCCUAAGUUUAGGGGUAACUAAACUUUUAUGUUCAACACUGUUCACAUUACUCAAUAAACACUAUCAGUGUGCUGUAUUUAUUUAGGAGAUAAUGGACCCCUUUUUGCUAACAUACAACAACAUCUUUGUACCAAACAAUGAAGUUGAAAACGAAUACAGCGCUUCCAAUUUUGAGAACCCUUUCUAAUGAUGUCCAUUCAGGGUCGUGUCAUUACAGGUUAAGUGUCCUAACUCAUUUCACAGGGCUAGUACCAACUACCAGCUUCAACCAUUGUUUCUUGUUGUACCUAUGUUGGCUUCAAAUUGUAUAGACGUACAUGUCUCAGGUUUUUACCUCGUUUGCACUUCAAUUUUUUGAGAGAUCUGUAAAUUUCAAGUCAAGGUUUUUGUGUAGCCAGUUUGUGUUCUGAAAAUUUGAUGAAAAUGUAAAAAUGAUCACUCAUUUAUAGCAUAAUAAUAAUAUUGUUUAAUUUAGCAUGUGUGACAUGGUUUAAAAUCCUUCCAUAUGAGGAUGGAGUCAUUUUGCCUUCGCUAACAUGUAUAGGUAAACUCAGUUGUCAGAAGGCUCAUGAUGCUUUGGUGCACCAAUAAUGGCGGAAAAAACUAUUUUCUUUGUUUUACAGGGACAUACCAGAAACUAAGCACUGUUGACAUUUGAGACAAUUAGCACAUUAGCCAACACGCAGUGAUAUAAGUCCCUUUAAGCCUUAAAAAAAUGCUUUGUGCUUCUGUCAGUGAAAUUGUGUAUGGGUCAGAACAUCUAAUUUUAUCUUACAGCAUUCUUUAAAUAUGUAUUUGAUAUUUUGCAGUUUGUGUGACCCCAGGGUGAGCUCAGGGAAAACCACAUGUCAUAUAAUUGAAUAAAAAAGCAAAAACACAAACACAGGGCAUUUCUGCGGCCUACAAACCUGUAGCUUUUCCAGCAAAGGAAAAUAUACUCCAAGAAUACUGUAAGUCAGACAAAAAUCAUUCAGCAGAUGCCAAAGAAUGUUUGUAUAUGAGUAAAAGUUACAGUUCAGAUACGUACCUUAAGCAAACUAUUGGGGGUAAAAAAAAAA